UUGUUUGUUAAAUACUUUAUUGUUUUAUUUAAUUGUUAUGUAUUUGUUAUUAAAUUGCUUUAAAAUGAAUAUUUUUUGACUUCGAGUGUUCGUUUUUUUUAAAUGCGCACGAAAUAAUACGAAAUAUCAGAUGAUUCCAUAUAAGUUUGGGUGUGUGUACAUUCAAAACUAACUAACCAAAUCUAAAGAUCUAGUUUUGACGAUAAAUUGGUAGCGACGGCAACACUGCAUACUCGUGCAGCUGUACCGCGAAACUAGUCUUCUUGCCGAGAACGAGAAUGCACACCUUGAAACUGUUGUCACGCGAACGCUUCGACAUGAGCGGAAGGGAAUUGAGUUUUCGGGCGCGCGGUGCGCAUCACUCGCAUCAGUCUCGCGUAGCUGGGUUACGUGUAACUUUGCCUAGUUGUUUAUUGUAUUGCUCUUAAAAAUGGAUCAGGCAGAAUGUCUUCAUCUUAUCGAGCUAUACCGACAAAACCGAUUAUUGUGGGAUGCCAGACACAAAGGGUAUUUUAAAAAGGAUAGAAGAGAUCUUGCAUGGAGAGAAAUGAGUGUUACAAUGGGAGAAUCGGUCAAUAAGCUGAAAACUAAAAUGAGAACUCUAAUGGGAUCGUAUAGGAGUGAAAAAUCAAGGGAAAGGAAGAAAAAACUCACUGGGGCAGUUGGUGAAGAUUAUGAACCAAAAUGGUUUGCCUUCAAGAGUUUUGAAUUCUUAUCUGAUAAAGACUACCCAGAGCCAAAUCAAUACACCAAAUCAAAGACCAAGGAACUUCGUGAAGAGUCAAAUAUGCAAAAUUCUUCCUUGGCUGCAACCGCUAUUGAGCAACGAGUUGAAUUGACUGAUGACAAUGUGCCUACUGAAAGAUCAAGUAAAUGUAGGCCAAAAAAUAAUGAGGCUAAACAAAAGAUAUCUGAAAAAAAUUUAGAUCCCAAAUUAAUUAAUGAAGCACUUCAUAUACUUCAAUCAUCUGCAAAUUAUUCGAAAGACCCAUUCUUUACAUAUGCGUUGAACUUGGCCAACGAACUUAGAAAAUAUGAUCCACAAACACUAGCUCACGUGAAAAGGGGAAUUUCUAAUAUUAUAUUCGAUGCAGAUAUUGGUGAAUUUUCUGGAUCCAAUGCAUCAUCCAGAAUGCCGACUAUUUCUCUUGAAUGCAUGGCGCAAACAGAUAACUCUACAGAUCCUCUUCAGUAUUCCCCUCCCCAGGAGACAUCAACAACUAACUUUAAGAUAGAAACCACAGAUAAUGAAUUGUCUUAGUUAUAUAGUUUUAUUCCUUGUUUUCUUUUUCAUUUUGUGAUAACAAAAUUGUAUGUAAAUUAAAAUAACUAUAAAUAGUAAUGUCAA